UGAAGGGACCGGGGAUUUAACGGUGUUUCGGAUAUAUUUUGGCUUCAAGUGUACACGCGCAAUUGCAAUGAUCCAGAUGUGCUUUUUAAGACCCGCUGUCAUUGGUAAGGAAACUCUUGAAAUUUGAGAGUCUCCAGGGAUCGUCGUUCUGGGACCUUUUUCAAGCUGGCCGCGGCUGGGAUGUUUGCUGCUGGGAUGCUGCAGCAGAGCAGCGGAGGACUAAACAAGCGAUCGCUGGGAAUGGCACGGAUUCCCGAUUCUCGCUUUUUUCCUCUUUCCUCGGGCUCGGGGUCGUGGGGUUUGAGCCGGGCUGUGAAGAGUGGCUCUUUGAGCUCCAUCAGCUCAGGGUCGGACAAUAUGGACAAUAUGAUGGGAGCCGAUCCCGACUACAUCAUGCAACUGGUCAACGAUGUCCGGAGGUUUGCAGAUGUACUUCUCCACCUUAAGGAAGCGUUUAACACCAAAGAUCACCAGGACUGUCUGCAUCAGGUGGUUCACGAGCGUCUGGGAGAGCUGCUGCGUGUAUUAAAAGCAGUGAUUUCCAAACACCACUCCCUGAAUUCAGUGGAGAUCCUCAGCGCAGCAGGGACCCUCAUCGCAAAGGUCAAAGGUAAAGCCUUGUCUCACUCACCACCUUCCGCUUUAUAUGACACAGUGCAGAGGAAUGAGGGAGAAAUAGUCAUUGACUUUACACAUCCUGGUCCUCAAACUCCCUCUAACAUGCCUCCCACUGACAUUUAGCACUCCGGAUAGCUCUAAAUGAUC